UGAGUUGAAAACUGUGAGUAGGGCGUUUUAAAGGGGCGGACCAGAUGAUGUCACGUUGAGAGAGAGCGAGAGGAUGAUGAAGAGGACGGCAACGCUGUCUCACACCCAUCAAUCCAUCACUUCAGGCUAAUGAGAAUUCGAACGUCUCCGAGUGGUCGAGCGUGGACGAGGAAGCCGAAACAAGAAGCCCGUGAGAGACGGGGGGUGAGCGGGAGCCUGGUGCUGAGGCUGGUAUGAGAGAAGAAGGUUGUCAAGCCGUCUGGGUGUGAGCAAACACCCACCAUUGGAGCACUUUCCGCGACCAAACAUCUGUUUGCUUUGAAUCAUCACCGUUCCGAGAGGUGUGGAGUGGACGCCAUGUGGUGUUUGACGCUGCUUUUACCGCUCCUGCUAAUCAUCAAUGAUGUCAGCUCCCAGUGGAACAUUUGGGUGCCGCGGGACAUCUCGGCCAUGACCAACACCUGCGUGGUCAUCCCGUGCACCUUCAUGUACCCGUCGGGGAUCAGGCCGUACCGCGGCGUCCACGGCAUCUGGUACUACGGCCAGCCCUACCCGCAGCUCUUCCCGCCUGUGGUGUUCAAGACCCGCACGGACGUAGUGCACGAGAGUUACCAAGGUCGCACCAAGAUGCUGGGCGACCUGCAGCAGAGGAAUUGCACGCUGCUCAUCAACAGUGUUGGACCGGAGCACUCCGGGAGAUACUACUUUCGCGCUGAUCUCGGCGGGGCCAACGUGUACACCUUUCCGGACUUUGCUGAUCUCAAAGUUCUGGAGCAACCCAACAUCGACGUCCCGGAUGAGAUUGUGAGCGACGAGAGCCUGACGCUGACCUGCCACGCUCCCGACAACUGCCCCGACAUGAACCCCGAGAUCCAGUGGAUGUACACAGAUUACCUGCCCGACCCCGAGUUCAGCGCCGACGACGUUGAGGAGGGCAAUACCGCCGUGCGGUCCAGCACUCUGGUGUUCACCCCCAGGCCGGUGCACAAUGGCCAACUGCUGGGCUGCAGGGUGUACUACCCCAACACCACGCUGGUCUACGAGAGACUCGUCUCUCUGGAUAUUAAGUACGCUCCCCGAUCUGUGUGGGUGAACGUCUCCUCGGAGGUGAUGGAAGGCAAUUCGGUGACGCUGCACUGCGAAGUGGACAGUAACCCCCCUUCCAGGAUUUCCUGGAAGUUUGGAGAUCAGGAACUGCUGUGGGACACGGCAUCCAACCUAUCGCUCACCGUGGAUGACGUGACACCGGCGGAGGAAGGCGUCUACACCUGCGUCGGCGACAACGGCUACGGCGCCAUGAAUACGUCACUCUACUUGGCCGUCAAGUACCCUCCCCGCGAACCAGUCGUCAACGACUCCUUGACCGUGCUGGAGGGCGCCUCGCUAACGCUGUACUGCAGCACUCAGGGCAGCCCGCCGCCCACCCUCACCUGGCUAAAGGACGGCGAGCUGGUGGGCGCCAUCACCGCCGACGAGAUGUCCGUGCUGGAGCUUGACGGCAUCACGCCGCAGGGUGACGGCCAAUACCGCUGCCUGGCUGAGAACGAGCACGGCCGUGCCAGCAGCUCCCUGAACAUCACCGUGGAGUAUGCUCCCAUUCUUCUGGCCGAGUCCAAAUGCACGGUGGUGCGGGAGGGCGUCCAGUGCGUCUGCGUGGCUUCGGGGAACCCCGAGCCCACCAUCGAGUUCCACUUGCCCGACUUGAACGUCACAAUCAACGAGACGGAGGGCCGCUACAACUUCUACACGCACACGGACGGUCAGACGUCCACUGGCAUGAUCAAACUACGGGAGAAGGGCGAGCGGACCGGCGACGGCGGCCCUGCCGUCAACGUCCACUGCAGCAUCUCCAACGUGUACGGCAGAGAAAGCGUCAUCCUGGAGCUGCAGCAGGAGAAGAAGUACCUGAUGGCCGUCAUCGUGGGCACAAUCGGCGGAGUGGCGGUCAUUGCCUUCAUCAUUGCGGCAGUGAGAUACGUGGGCCACAAUAACAAGAAAGAGAAUGGCUUCCCUAGACAGGACGUGGUCCUGGAGAACCCUGCUUUGUACUACAGCGCGGUCAAGAAGGACAAACAAAAUCUGAGGAAGAAAGUGCUUAAGACAGAGCUGUUGGGCUCAAAGUUUAACUCCAUUCUAGAGGAGAGCACGGGAGAAGACGGGGAUUUCCAACCUGCGGGCUCUUUGGCAGGCAUGGAGAGGCGAGAGUUGAACUACGCCGCCCUGGAGCUUGGUGGGCCCAGAGAGGAGGGGGGCCGGGGGAGGGGGGACGACGGUACCAGCAGUUACGCGGAAAUCAAAGCCAAAUGAAGCGCGAUCCUUCCCUGAUGCCUCGACCACGCGAGACGCAGUUGCAAAACCUCCAUCUCCUCGUCCCCGCAACGACUUGGGUUUUCCAUGGGUCCGAAUUUCAUGCUUAAGUGCUAACUUUUUCCUCCGUGGCACACGACUCACUGGAAGAAUUUAUUGGCAUUUAUAGCUAUAGUCUUUUUUUUCCCUUCUUUCUUUCUCACCAAGAUGGCUGCCCGUUUAGUGUUUUUCAUUCGUUUCAUACAAAUAUUCACUUUAUUGUUAUUAUUACCUUACUAUUGCAUUAGCAUAAGUUAGUGAUGGACUCUAGCGGCCGAUCGUUGGCAUACACAUUUGUCUUACGUUGCCGCCGUAAGAGCGGAAUGUGCUUAUCGAAACUAAGGACCCCCGAUGACUGUUCGGUUCAAGCUACAGGAAAAGGUAUAAAAUGACACAGAUUUAUUCUUUUUUUAUUUCCGACGGCUAUUAAAGUGUAUGCGCUCAUUUUCUGUGCGCCUAUUCUGUUAGCUUUAGCAAUUAGCAUAGCUUCUCUAUUUGCUCCGAUUCUGCCGUGUGAUUAGCUUUUCGUCAGCGUCUUUUAGCUACGAUACUUGUAAGAAGUUGAUUGGAUAUUAUUGAGGCGGGGAUUCUUAGCUUCGUCAUCUUAGCAUUUAGCGUUCCCUUGGUGGAUCCAGAGAGGCUGGGUGAC